CCCCCCCCCACCACAGACGCUCCCUGAUGUCCAACACUCCACAGCUCAGCUCGCGCUUCACCUCGGCCGCUCUGUAUGAUGGCACCGCGCAGGAGGUGAUGACCCCCCUGUCGGCACCGGAUGGGCCCUCCUCAUUGGAUGCCCUGCUGGCCGCCCUCCCGGGGUUCCGUACCGAUGUCAACCAGCUGCUGACGGACGCCAUUGCCGAGGCCGAGCGGCAGAAAGAAGCCGCCGCGGCCGCGGCCGCGGCCGCCGCGCCGGCCGAUGAGGAUGCCUUCGAUGACCAGGAAGCCAUGGAGGGCAUCGACCCGAAGGACAUCGCCGAGGAGGCGCGCCUUGUCAAGGAGCUCGAGGCCGAGCAGGACUCGGCCAGUGGUGCGUCUGACGACCGUUCGCCGAAGAAGGCGCGGACAGAUUAG